CCGGAAAUACACGUAUUUCCGUAACAACAGCAUCGCUCAGUGGUCUCGUCUACGGGUUCCCUCCAUUGUUAAAGUGGAAUUAUUGAAUCCAUAGAGUGUGUUGGUGUUUGGGAUGUACCGGGAAUGGCUUCACUAACACUCCCGUCUCUCUGCUGGGCUCAGCUGUUCCUCUUUGUCGUGGUUUUCGCUGAAGCCCAGAACACCAUCACAGCUGAGCCUGGACAGGAUGUAGUUCUACCAUGUCGAAUUCCGACAGGCAAAAUCAUCCAAGGUAUGAAGUGGAACAGAGCUGACCUGGAUGAAUAUGUGCUUUUUUUCCGGGAUGAGCGGCUGGAUCCAGAUGGCCAACAUCUGUUUUUUAAGAACCGGGUGGAUCUGCAGGACAGGAAGAUGAAGGAUGGAAACGUGUCUCUGGUUCUGAAGAAUGUGACGACUGCUGAUGAUGGAUCAUACAGUUGUAAUAUCUUCAACAAAGAGACAAAAUCAUGGGAGAGCAUCAACACUGUCAGCCUGACUGUUUCAGGUGAGUGA